GUCUACAAGCCAGACAAAUAUAGCCAUGUUCUUGUAAUAUGUGGCCCCGGAAAAAAUGGUGGUGACGGUCUUGUAGCCGCACGUCAUUUGCAUCAUUUUGGGUACAAGCCGUGCAUUUGUUAUCCCAAGCGUACCCCAAAACCUCUGUUUUCCAAUCUUAUUAUCCAGCUCGAGUCAUUGUCCAUUCCUUUUCUUUCCAUAGAAUGCCUACCUGCAGAGCUAAAUAACUUUGACAUUCUAGUGGAUGCAAUAUUUGGCUUCUCCUUCCAGGGAAAUCCUAGACCACCUUUUGACCAUCUGAUAAAUAACAUUGCAUCCUUAAGAGAACAUUAUUACAAGGAACAUCAGAAAUCUCCUGUCAUUGUGUCUGUCGAUAUUCCUUCCGGCUGGCAUGUUGAAGAUGGAGAUUUGAGUGGUGAAGGCAUUAAACCUGAUAUGCUGGUGUCCUUAACAGCUCCAAAGCGAUGCGCGGAAAAGUUUCGUGGGUCCCACCACUUUUUGGGUGGAAGAUUUGUGCCUUCAUCUAUUUUACACAAAUACAAGCUGCAACUUCCACCUUAUCCUGGCACUUCUACGUGUGUUCGAAUUGGAAAGCCGCCUCAAGAUAAUGAAAACGCUUCAGUACCACCUAAGUUUCUUGAUAAGGACAUGAAGGCCAAUCCUUUUAUUCAGUUCCAGGCUUGGUUCAACGAUGCAGUUGCAGCAGGUCUAAAGGAACCUGAUGCUAUGGCCCUCUCGACUGCCACGAAAGAUGGGAAACCUUCAUCGCGCAUGGUCCAACUAAAGGGAGUUGAACAAGGAGGAUUUGUAUGGUUAGCUAACUAUAAAAGUCGGAAAGGGCGUGAAAUAUCAGAAAAUCCUCAUGCAGCUCUUCUUUUCUACUGGAGUGCCUUGAAUCGCCAGGCAAAUAUUGUGAGAAUUGAAGGGUUUGUGCAGAAAGUUUCUGAUGAAGAGUCCGAGAAAUACUUCUCUAGCCGUCCACGUGAGCUUCAAAUUGCACCAGCUGUUAGCAAGCAGAGCACUGAAAUUCCGGGAAGAGAAUAUCUGCUUCAGCAGUGUAAAGAAUUGGAGGAGAAAUAUUCUCAGGGAAGUAAAAUCCUGAAGCCCCAACACUGGGGAGGAUACAGACUCGUACCCGACAGAUUCGAAUUUUGGCAAGGAGAUGAAUCUUCUGUACAAAUGAGGUUGAGAUACAUUGCUGAAGUCAUUAAUGGCAAAAGAGACUGGAGAAUCGUCUGA